GGAGAACAGAUCACCGCCUGGGGAAGUCUACUGUCUCCAGUACCCCAUGAUAUGAGACUUCAAGAACACACUUGCAAACUCUUCAAAAUCGACUGAAUCCUUUCCAUAUACCUCUGUCUGAGCAGAUGCGGACCUGGGCAUUGGCAUAUCACUAUUCUCUGUUCUAGCACUCAAGAGUUUCACUUCAAGGCCAAGUUCGACCUGUAUACCACACUGCCAGCGCUAUCCACUUACCGCUUCGGUUGUGGACAAUCUCCAACACCAACACUAUGGUUUAUACUUCCGACGUCAAACAAGCUCGUCCUGAGCACGGCGAAUAUGCGGAGGAGAGCUCGGAGGCACAAGCCACAUAUGAAAAGGAGCUGCGUGAUGCAGAAGCUCUACGUGAACACGCACCAGACAUUCCCCUCAGAGAAGCCAUGGAGGCUCAAACACUGGCAGAUCAGCGUCGACUGAAGAAGAUCAUGAGGAAAGUCGACUUCCGACAGAUCACCAUUCUGGCUCUGGUGUAUAUCUGGGCAUAUAUUGAUCGAAGUAAUCUGGGCAAUGCGAAUAUUGCUGGUAUGAGAAAAGAUCUCGACACGGAUGUCAGCAACAGAUACUCUGUCUUGACCAUGAUAUUCUUCAUCGGAUAUGCUUUGGUUGAUAUUCCAGCCAUGUGGCUGACCCGCAAGCUUGGCCCUGCCUUUUGGAUUGGGUCCAUCGGGCUGGCAUGGAGUGUCAUCACCAUUGGCCAGGGAUUCUGUAACACCUGGGGAUCACUGGCUGUAUGCCGAGCUCUCCUCGGUUUUCUGGAAGGUGGACUUGUUCCCGGCGUUCUCUAUCUGUUGGGGUGCUGGUAUACGCGCUAUGAGAUCGGGAUACGGAUCGCUGCUUUCUAUGUCAUCGGGAUCAUGUCUGCCGGCCUCUCAGGUCUGAUGGCGUAUGGGCUCGAGAAGAUGGAAGGGACUGCUGGUAUUCGUGGCUGGCGCUGGAUCUUCAUCAUCGAAGGAGUGGUCAGCGGUGUCGUGGCUCUUGCAUCGUACUUUCUCAUCAUCGACUUUCCAGAACGAGCUGCCAAAAAGAAUUCAAUGGGGCUUCCCAGAUUCCUCACUCCAGAAGAAGCUGCCCUAGUCUUGGCCCGCAUCGAGCAUGACCGUGGCGACGCGGUGGAGGAGAAACUCACCUGGGCCCUCUUUGCUAGUUACAUCCAGGACUGGAAGCUCUGGGAAUUUCCAUUCUACCUCCUUCUUAACAACGCCGCAUUGUAUGCCUUUGCAUACUUUCUUCCAGUGAUUUUGAAGGACGGCUUCGGUUACUCGACUGCAAAGGCACAAGUCAUGACAUUUCCCCCGUACCUCGUGGGCGGCGUGUGGAUGAUCAUAUGUGGCUACUUGGGUGACAGACUACGGACAAGAGGACCCAUAAUGAUCGCCAACUGCGCAAUAUACAUCAUCGGCAUUGUCAUGGUCGGCUGGUGCACCGACACCCGCGCUCGCUACGCGGGAGUCUUCGUUGGCCAGAUGGGCAUAGUCGGCAACGUCCCGCUCCAAUGGGCGUACGCGCACAACAACCUCGUCGGCCAGCUGAAAAAGGGUCUGGCCAUGGCCAUGAUGACCAUGGGCGGUGCAGUGUCAGGCAUCAUCACCGGCAACGUCUUCCGCUCCCAGGACGCCCCGGGCUACCGACCAGGUCUGUGGGUCAGCAUCGCGUUCAACAUCCUGUACGCAGUCCUGGUGGCCAAGAACUUUGUCCUGUUCCGCCGCGAGAAUCGUCGCGCGGAUAGGGGAGAGAUUGUCAUUAUGGGCCAGCCUGGAUUCAGGUAUACUCUUUGAGUCGUGGGACUGGGUGCACCGUACCUCUUUACCUUCCUAUGUUCAGAAAGUGCCGCAAAUCGAAGAAGGCCUUAUAUAAGCUCUUCAAGGAGUCUGUUGUAGGCAAGACCAGCAAAUGCC